GACACUCAUGGGACCAUAUGGGAUGGAUCGAACCGCACACUACUUUGAUUUCUACGACUGCGCAAAUGGGCUGGGUAUUAAAGUGAUAGGUGGCAUCAAGGAACUCACUGGAGAUGAAUAUGGAGUUUAUGUCAAGAGGAUCCUUCCAGGGGGUGUUGCUUAUGCGGAUGGGCGCCUGCAGCCAGGAGACCAGAUCCUGGAGGUCAAUGGAGAGUCCCUAAUUGGGGUUACAAGCGAGAGGGCUGUGGACAUCCUGAGGACAGCAUCAGCCACCAGCCACAUGCGCCUUCUGAUAGCCCGUGAUGACGAUGCCAGGAGAGAGUUCUCCGAGCUGCUGGAGAAGUUUGGCUCCCAGAGCAACACAGGCUCUGCACGAAGCUCACCCAUCCUGCACGGUGGCAGUAGGUACCUGGAAAGUACAUCCUCAGGCUCCUCCUCGCGCUCCCAGAGCCCGCUGCUGCUGAGUCCUGCCAAUUCCCAUGGCCCCUUCAUCGGAAACCAGGCGCAUCCGCCCCACACACACUACUCCACUGAAUUGGGAAUCCAGAGCAUUUCUAUAGCAAACUCCUUGGGCUUAGGGCUGACAAUCAGUGGUGGAUCCAACAGGCCUGAUGGCCCCAUGAUUUAUGUUCAAGAGCUUCUGCCGGAUGGUGACUGUUACAAGGAUGGUCGUCUCCGGCCUGGUGACCAACUCAUCGCUAUCCAUAAAGAUUCUUUGGUGGGCAGCACAUAUGAAGAGGCCAGAAAAAUAAUUGCAAAAGCCAAAUUAAGGUGGGCAUAUAACAUAUUUCCUGUCAUCAUCAUGGUUCUUCAGUAUCUUGGUCUGGAUGUGACCGAGGAGAAGAAGAGGCAGCUACGGCAAAGCUUGACCACAGACUCACAGGGGACAGUGGCCUAUGGAGAUCUUCUCCAAGCACUCAGGGAUCUGAUGCAGGAGGAGCUGGAUGUUGCUGGGCUGGAUUCCAACUCCAUGCUGUUCACGCAGCAUGAAGUAGCCUGUUUGCUGGAUACAUCAGCUUUUCACUCUCCGACCUUUGACUCUCUCAGCUGUAAUGGCAAUGAGGAGCUGGAUCAGCUGCAGCUGGAAACGAUGGAUCUGCGGCAAGAAGUCCGAAGGCUAAAGGUGGAACCUCUCCUCUGA